AUGUUAUGUCAUGAUGAAGGUUUUGUUGAUUUUCAAAUCCGUUAUGUAGGGGGACUAUGCGUGAUGUUUGAAUUCACCUCUAAAGAAGCAUGCACAAAUUUAUUGGUAAGUGAUGCGGUUAGUCAUUGGAUCAUAGAAAAACCACAGUGGGAUAGAAAUUUUGUUUCGCAAGAUCGUAUUAUCUGGUUUGAUAUUGAAGGACUGCCUCUUCGGGCUUGGAGUAAGUUGCCAUUUAGGGAAAUUUUAGCAAAAUGGGGUUGUGUGGUGCAACUAGAUGAUAAUCUUGGUGAAGAUAUAUACAAAAGUCAUGAAUGUAUUCUGACUUCUCAUCUUGGUAUUAUUUUUGAAGUGGUGAAAGUUAGCGUGGAUGGUAUCAUAUUUCCGGUUAGAGCUAAAGAAGCACCCAGUUGGACUUCGUCAUUUUCUUGUGAUUUCAUGAAAUCCGUUGGUGGGGAAGAUGAGGGACAUGUUUAG